AUUAAAACUAAAGCUAAAAAAAUUAAAAAAAAUUCAUAUGAAAAUAUUAUAAUAAUACGGAUGAAUUAAUCAAAAAAAUAACGUUAUUUUCCUUAAUUAUUAAUUUCAAGAACAAGUGUUUUUAUUUUUCCUGCUAAAUAUUAUUAUCGUACAUUUUUCAAUACCUAGUACAUGCACUCAAGAAAUUUGUUUUAAUUAUAAAUAUUUGUUUGUUUAUUUAUUUUUCUUAAUUCUUUUGUUCAUAAUUUUGAAAUUCAAUGUCAAGUUCAUACACGGCAAAUUUUGUAGAUAAAAGCUGAAGAAAAUAAAAUUCAAAAAAUAAAAAAAAAGAAACGAAAAUUGUGCAAAAGAAAUUGUUUAUUUAUUUGUGUGUUUUUGUUUAUGGUUUCCAAAAUAUUUUGCUGGCUUGAAAAUGGUGUAUGAAUCAUCGUAUGAAAGUGGCCGCAGUCCCUUUUUGCCCGAUACCAAACGUGGUUAUUGGGCCAAUCCCAAUGAUUUUGUCUAUGCUGGUCUGGGUCUGGCAUUCCGUUUGGAUGUGUUUUCAAUGUCAUGGUUCUUUAUGAUGGAAUCGAGUGUUAUUGCCUUUGUGCCCAUAUAUUUAUUAAGUUUAGUUAUCUAUAUAAUACCAUUUAUUGUGAUACAAUCAUUUUUGGGUCAAUUUUCCAGUAGUGGCUACAUCUCAGCAUUUCGUUUAACGCCUCUCUUUAAAGGCAUUGGUUAUGUUACACUGGCCCUAAAUAUUUGUGUACUUUCUUAUUAUAGUAUUUUUGCCAUGGUACCUCUAGUCUAUAUGUUUUCCUCUAUGCAGCCAACAUUGCCCUGGGGCUGUGAAGGUUUCAAGAAAUGGGCCACAAAUUUAACGGAGGAUGAGGAGAUAAAUCUUUGUAAUUUAUAUGUACAAAACGAAACAGUGUCUGAUAAUUCGACUAAUUCCAGGUUUAUUAACCAUCAUAUACCCUCAGUGUUGUAUUUCAAAACUCUUUUCAAUGACAUAAAUCUAUUUAGUUUCGAAGAUGUUGAUUUCUCCAUGUCAUGGCAAUUGAUUUUAUGUGCCAUUUUAGUAUGGGCCUUAGUGACUUUUAUUAUUUAUAAAUUCUUCAAUACUGAAAUGCUCGGUCAAAUUAUCCGUUACACCGUUUGGACAUUAGUCGGUCUUUUGGUAUUGUUUUUAAUACGCUUCAGCUUUUUACCCGGUUCUGGUCGUGUAUAUCGUCGUGUUAUCAUACCCACUUGGAGAGAUAUCGUAAAUGGUAUUUGCUCCAUACCAAUUUAUGGUCUAUCCGCCUUUGGUCCCGGUUGGGGCCUCUUCAUAACACUGUCCAGUUUUAAUAAAUUCAAAACGAAUAUUAUGAAACAGAGUUGGUUAAUUGGUCUCGGGCAGUUGGGCAUAAUUAUUGGUUUGGAUUUGUUGGCCAAUUUUACGGAACAAUAUUUUGGAGAAGCCACAGAUUUCAACUACUAUACUGAGGUGGAGCAUGUUUGGGUUUUAUAUUUAUCAUCCGGCAGUGCUAUGUCCCAUAUGGCAUGGGCCAACUUGUGGUCAAUGCUAUUUUAUUUUAUGCUGUUUUUGGCGGCCAUGCUUUUAAUUAUCAUCCAAUUAUAUUCCAUAUUGACCACCAUUUUCGAUGAGUUUGUGGCCUUGAGAGAACGCAAAGUUGAAGUUUGUAUGGGUCUUAUAGCCGCUACAGCAGCCAUUUCUUUAUACUUCACCUCAAAUCAUGGCGUGACAUAUUUCACCGCCCUUUCGACCGAUACCUAUAUCACACAAACCGCCAUUAAUUUACUGUUACUCUUGAUUGUUCUGUGGAUUUAUGGGCGGGUACGUUUCCAACGUGACAUAGAAUUUAUGAUAAAUGAGCGUUUCUCCACAUGGAAAAUUAAUAUUCUGCGAUUUGUGGCACCUUUGGGAAUGUUGCUGGCUCUGGCUUUGGGCAUACAAAUUGCCUUUUGGGAGCAUUAUUUCUCCACUUUAAUCAUCGAUUUGUAUUCCAUACUAAUGAUUGUAGUACCUUGGUUAAUAAUACCCGGUUAUGCCAUCUAUUGUAUGAUCAAAACAAUGGGUACGAUUAAAACUCGUUUCUCAAGAUGUUGUCGCCCGACCGACUGGUAUCCCGUUGAAGCCGAUCAUCGUCAAGAGUAUGAAAAAUCUAUGGGAAAUACCGACAUUACUCACACAUUAAAUGAUGAGAAGGAUGAAGAAGUGAUUUGAUUUGAUGUUUUGAAACUUCUUAAGUUUUAUGUUUUUUGUUUUUAAAUUAAAUAUCAGUAUUUUCAUAAUUAUUUACUGCUAAAGAAACGAAAAUCUUUAGAGAUUUUCAUUAGAAUUUUGUGCUUAAAUAUUAGUGUAUUAAAUAUUUGGUAUUAUAAAUAUUACCAUAUGGAUGUGUCAAAAGCUAAAAGGCCUAACUCCACUUCUCAAUUUUGUUAUAUUACUAUCUAACUGAUCUGUA